AUGACUCAAACUCAAAAGCUCAUAAAUUACAAACCUGGGGGUCAGUUUGGUGCCCAGUGGAGUAAUAACACUCGUACUAUGACUUCUGGAACUGGGAAUGAAGUAGAUUCUUAUCAAUUAGAUUACUCCGAUGAAAUAACUCAAAUACUUUCUGAGCAAGCCAAGAAAACCCUCAAGCAGACCUUCCAGCUCAACCAAUCGUUUUUUUGCUCUAAGAUUCUGUUCCUCGUUCAAUAUCAUCCUCAAGACCACUCCGAUUCAAUCUAUAAUCAGCUUUGUGAACUAGUCGAAGACGUCCAUAUCCUGAGUGGCCAUCAAUCCAACCUGAAGAACAACAAAAAGCUCUCCGGAAGAAUGGCAGGGAUUGGCUUCCGUGGCGGAUACAAGAAAGGAAAAAGUGCCGGUACUUACAAAGUCCGCAAGACCCUCAAACCUUCUCAUAUUGAAUUGGACAAGGCCCUCUUGAAAAAGCUACUGGCGCACAACCAGUUUAUUGCUCAUCAAUUUCGCCAUUUCUCCGAAGCAGCUUUUGAGCAGAACAAGAAGUCCUUGGAGGCGUUUGGUAUACCCAGUUGGUCAGAUGAAUCUUGGGAUAGCUACAAUAAAGAUCCAACUCCCCUUGCUUCCAAUGUCAUAGUUACAACAAAUGAUUUUUCAAAUAAACCACACUGUGACAAGGACAAAAAUCUUUUCACCUAUGGCCUAUUUAGCUACAUCAAUUUUUCUACUGGUACUCCCAUCCUACCCCCUGCUGACGCACGUGGUCAUGCACUCUGA